GAAUCGUUGCCUGAAAUCAAGGGCAUACAAUCAUGUGCCAUCCAUCCGAGCGGCAAGUAAUCAAACCGCAGCGGAGUUCAAGUCCACUUACCAGAGCUUGCGACGCAGUUCUAUCAUUUCAAUUGUCAACUGUGCUGUAAAAUCACUUUCAUAUUGUAUUGAUGUUUCAUACAUUUGAUCUGAACUUAAAGCACGGGGCUGAAGGAGAAAGUGAUCAAUCGCCGGGCCGCAAUGAUCGUGUUCGCAAAGCAUGUGAGCUAUGUCGACAGAUGAAGGUCAAAUGCGACGGGACCCAUCCCUGCAAGCAUUGCUCUCAUUCUUUCCACGGUAGGAGCUUCUCAAGCCUCGGGGACUGUCAAUAAGCCUAAGGACUCGUUGCAAAGCAACCUAUGUAUAACAUACUAAUAACCAAAGAGUGCAUCUAUCGCGUUACACAUCGGAAAAGACACGCCGACCUGGAC